GUCGUGAUUCUGAUUCUGUCUAUUAUCUGACUCAAGCAUCGCAUUAUGGCUGCUCUCGUCAUCAUUGCUGUCGUUCUAUUGGUUGUUGUGAUCGCUGUGUUUUAUCUAGGCACACUGUUUGGAAGUAAACAGGAACAAGUGCUUGCUAGAAUACCAGGAAUGAAUCCAACUAAUUCUGAAGACGGUAACAUGCCGGAUAUCACAGUUGCUGGUAGUCUCCACGAGUUCCUGGUAAAACUCCAUACCAAAUAUGGUCACGUAGCAACAUUUUGGUAUGGAAAAACGCAUGUUAUUAGUCUGGCGUCUGCAAAAGCGUUCAAAGAUACCAAUAAACUGUUUGAUAGGCCAGCUGUGUUGUUCAAUUUUGUCAAACCCCUAAUUGGACCCGACAGUAUACAGUAUGCAAAUGAGGAAGAUGGCAAACGCCGUCGCCAUGACUACGACCAAUCAUUCAGUUAUGAUGCAAUCAAGAACUACUACAGCAAGUUUUAUGAGGCUACUGAUGCAGUUGUUGCGAAGAUUGAGUCUCUGUCGUCGGAUGAACACAUUAAUAUAACUGAACACAUGUCGCUGUUGGUGUUGAAAGCUCUAAGUCAUGCUACGUAUGGAGAUUUCUUCAAAGAUGACGAAAAAGCUAUCACCAUGUUACGUCACUAUGAAACUGCAAUGGCCAUUUUGAAUCAGGACAUAUCUAAGGACACUGAAGCUGGACAGAGAUUCGCCCAAGCUUUGAAGACAUGGCAUGAUUUUAUACGUGCCAUGAUUCAACAUCGACGAGAUAACCCACCAAAUGAUGACGAUUGGACUUUUAUUGAUGUUUUGAUGGCAAAAUCAUCGUCCGAAGAAGAACUCAUAUCAGAUGCUACAAGCUACUUCAUUGCAGGCUAUCAUACUACUGCUUUUAUGAUGGUGUGGACAUUCUACUAUAUGUGUGAGAAUCAAGAAGUGCAAGAAAAAAUUUACCAGGAAAUAAUCGAAGUUAUUGGCAAAGACGAACAAGUAAACUAUGUAAACCUGGAAUCACUGAAGUACAUGAGAUGCGUGUUUGACGAGUCUAUGAGAUGUUCUGUUUUGGCGCCAUUUGCUGCCAGGGUCAAUAUGCAUGCAGACAUGGUGGUACAGGGCUAUACCAUUCCAAAAGGGACACCUGUAGUGCAUGCAUUGGGUGUUGUACUAAUGGAUGACGAAAUAUGGUCUGAGCCUGAAAGAUUCAUUCCAGAACGAUUUUUGCCGGAAAAUGUCAGUACUCGUCACCCGUUUUCAUUCCAACCAUUCGGUUUUGCUGGAAAACGAAAAUAUGACAACAAUGGAACUGAGAUGUUUAUAAUAAUAAGCUUAUCCAUGGAACCCAUGGCAUGUAACUUCAUGGCAGUAUUGAAUCUGAAGGACACUCAGUUUGGUUCUUGCAGAAGCGACAACUUUAUGACCACGACCUACCUACAAAAAGGAGAAGGCACCAAGUCAUCUCUCAACUUAGCAGAUUCAAGAAGAGAACAGUACAAUGAUGUUGAUAUCACCAUUCUGACCGAUUCAAGAGUGGAUCUCCUAUUGCCUUCAUGUGGCCACUACUCGUAA